GUCGUCCACCUUCUCCUACCUCCUCAGGCCUCCUCCCUCCUCUGAACUAACCACCUACAACAAGUUUGACAGCUCAGCUCUUUUGUGCUCACACAUUUAGCUCCGCAGCAACACUCAGCCGGACCCACUUCCACUGGCUUUUUUACUUUUUCCUCAUUUUCCCUGCCUUUACAGUCUUCUCAGUUUGCUUGGUAUGUGUGCGUCUUGCGUCUCCUGCUGGCUAUGAGGAAUUGUAUGAGUCCGUAGGUUAGGGCACUUUUCCCUUUUGUGGUCGGCGUUGUGGUAUUAUUUAAUCUUUUUUUAUUAUUAUUUUUGGGAGCGUCGAAAGGGGAGAUAACUUCACCAUGUCGAGGUGUGCGGAGGAGGUGAACAAGCUCACUGAAAGUACAUACAAGAAUGUAAUGGAACAGUUCAACCCAGGACUGAGGAACCUGGUCAACUUGGGGAAGAACUAUGAGAAGUCAGUCGCAGCCAUGACCCUGGCAGGGAAGCUGUAUUUUGAUGCAAUGUCUAAGAUUGGGGAGAAUGCUGCAGUGUCUCCAGUCUCCAGAGAGUUAGGUGUAGUGCUGAUGGAAAUCUCAGAAGUCCACAGGAAAGUCCAUCUUGAGCUGGAGGAAAACUUUAAGAGGUUCCACAGGGAGAUAAUAGCAGAGCUGGAGAAAAAGACUGACAUGGAUGUCAAAUACAUGACAGCAACCUUUAAAAGGUACCAGAUGGAGCACAAGAUGAAGCAGGAUUCUCUGGAGAGAUCGCAGUCAGACCUGAAGAAACUGAGGAGGAAGAGUCAAGGCAAGAAUGCCAACAAGUAUGAGAGCAAGGAGAGUGAGUGCCUGGAAACCUUGACGAGCCGUCAGAUGGACAUGCAGUUGUUUAUCGCAGAUGGCUGUAAGGAGGCCUUACUGGAGGAGAAGAGACGAUUCUGUUUCUUAGUGGACAAGCACUGCAUGUUCUCUUACCAAAUCACUUCUUUUCAUGACAAGGCCAGAGACAUUCUGUCGGCAAAGCUGAGCAGCUGGCAGGACCAGUGCAACGAUGCCACCAACAUGCCUGAAAGCAUCUUGACAAUGAUCGAGGGACUACGCACGCCAGUGUCCAUCACACCGAUGCCCUCUCCCUCCCCAUCACGACACAGCGUGAACAUAGUCGAUCCUCCAGCUCCAUCUCAGAAGGCUCAGACCAGCCCACUGGUUAACAUGUUCAACCAGGAGAACAAUACUUCCAGCAUACACACCACUACCAACAAUAGCACAGACCAUGGGAACAGCGAUGACAGCAAUCUAGCGAUCUGUGUCUGUCGCCACAGCGGACUCAACAAUAUGGUGAAGAGGCCACGUGUACGCACCAUCUUCCCUCACACUGCCGGCAACAACAGCACACUGUUAAGCUUUGAUGAAGGGGACGUUAUUAUCCUUCUCAUUCCUGAUGAGAGAGAUGGGUGGAUGUACGGAGAACUGGAGAAGAACGGAAAGAGGGGCUGGUUCCCUUCAUCUUACUGCCGUGCACUCACUGAGCCACUCGUGAAUAACAACAGUGUCUCCGUGGCCCCGUACAGAAGUAGGAGUGUCGUCAACCUGCAUCAUCAGGACACAGAGACCGACGAGGCCACCAUGGUGCUCCCCCCAGCCGAUUACUGUGACACCCCACAACACAGCCUCAUCAAGAACAACACUUCGUCCACCAAUAACAACCAUCAGCACUCCCCCACGCCCUCUGCAGCCUCCUCCUCUUCGUCUGAUCAGACCACGAUGACGCAGCCUAACGGCAUCUCGAGACCUCCGCCUGCUUACCUGGCGGGAGGGAACCCAUUUGCCACAGUCCGGCUACGUCCAACCGUCACCAACGACCGCUCUGCACCAGUCAUUUGAUUCGUCCACAUUUCUACCCAGCCUCAAUUACCUUAAACUCAUGUCAAUCAUCCUGUGUCGUCAACCUGGGACAUGCCUUUUCUUGGUCUGGAUGGAACCAAACUAAACCUGGCCAGCACUGAGAAAACAAAAUGCCAUUGGAAUCUGGGAUGUCCUUAUUGCUGCAAACUCUCAUAAUAUGGAAGUCUGUGGGACCACUUUAUCUACAGAAGAUGCCCAUAUAUUUAAGAUAUAUAUACAUAUAUAUAUAUUUUCUAUGUCUGUUUUUGUCUUUUUGUUUGUGGUGGCGAUGUUUAAAUGACCACAUUCUUACCUGCACUUGAGAACGAGAUGAAUAAACAUGGUCAGAAAAUAUUUAUGAUGUUGCAAAAUGACUGUUAGAAAUCUUUAAUGUUGCCAUAGGACAGUAGAAGAAUGUACUGUAGAGGACAUCUGCAUUUCACCGUCAGGUCCUUGUGAUAAUUGUUGCUACUCAGUGUCGAUUCUGAUUAAAAUGAUUGUGUCAGCUCUCAAUGUGAGGAGAGACAACCGCAAAUGAUAUAGAGGGAUGCACCACAAAGGCACACAGGUGAUCUGUAUCCUGAAGUCUCUCGUGUUGUGUAUAUAUACAUUUGUACAACAAGAGCUAUAAAUAUUGUCCUUUGCCAUCUAAUUUAACUUUUGUAGAACCAAAUGAUUGUGUUAACAGGCCUUUGCCUUAAUGACAGACAUAUCCAUAUCUACAGUAACAAAAAUCACUUACCUGUUGCUAUAUUCAGUUCAGAUUCUGGGCAUGAGUAGGUACAAAGGACUCAUCUUCAAAUAGACAGUGCAAUCAUUUUUGCUUUAAUCAUUACACAUGGUGUUUUAAUACCACAGUGUGUGCACCUUUUGGCUUUUAAGCCCCCAUUACACUAAUAUUUGCUGUAUGGAAAAUAAAGAUUUAUUUCUUCA